AUGUCGCACAUUGCUACUGACUGCAGCAGUGGCAGCGGUAGCUUCAAAAGUAGUGGCAGUGGUACCUUCCAAAAUCUCCCCUUGUUCUCCGUUGUUAAUGCAGAGAAUCUUUGUUUUGGAACCAAUGUAUCAAAGUUACAAAUGGAGCCAGGCCUCUAUGGGAUCAGUAAUAAAGACUACAGAUAUCUCCAUGGAACUGAAGCAGAUGAGCACAAUUUCUCUCCAGAAGUGUCAGGAAGCGUGAAGGGUCUUGAGAUGGACUCCAAUAUCGACAGCCCAUGGCGUCUAAUGUCAUCUCAAGUUCCCUCAAGCCCCUUUUUGAAACCAAGAAAUAAUUCUCAUUUUCCAGAAAAUUCCCCACAGCUUCAAAUUGGGCAAGCUUUUGAGCCCACGGUCAAUGCUACAAUGUCAAAGCAGCAGCAGCAGCAACAUUGCUUCUUCAGUAGCGACAUUGGCUCAAUAGGGCCAGUGGGAGGGGAGCAACAUUCUGUGCGGCCUUUUUUUGAUGAAUGGCCUAAACAUAGAGAAGCAUGGUCUAAUCUUGAUGGUGAGAAAUCCAAUGAGAAUGCAUGCUCCACCACCCAGCUAUCUAUCUCCAUCUCAACGGCUUCCUCUGAAUUCUCUCUGAAGAAUGCUGGUUCCUCAGAUGGUGAGUUAACUCUCGUAGGAGACUAAGCUUGUUGAAUCAUCACCUCAACCUCGCCUUCCAAGCAGAAAUUAAAUAAAUAGAUAAAGCUAUUGGAAUAAGAGUUUGAAACCUCUCUGUUCCAUGUUGUUUAUGCUAGGUGCAGAUGCUUGAAAAGAUGCUAUCAUAAUAAUCCAAGCUGUCCAAGAUGCGGUUUACUAACUUGUUAGUGUACUUUUUCGGAUGACUGUUGUUCGUAUUCGGAUUUGUGUACGUACCUUCAUGUUGUUGGAACUUUAUUGCUUGUUCCAUGUUGGUGUUUGACAUUCACUGAAUCCAAACUUGAUCUGUUGUACAAAUGCAUGCUCAAGUUCUUCAUCCACAAUAAAAGGUGCUUUCUACCAUGUAUCUGUAAUGUCCUAUGUUCGAAGAUAUGUAUUUUCUGUUUGGG